AUGGAAUCAGACAUGGAAUAUUCAGGUUCGAAUUUUCUGUUGCAGGCAGAGGCCUUGGCCGAAUCGGUCAACAAGAAUCCAAGCAGCUUUUUGACCUACCUUGGGACACUCGAGGCGGAACACACGCGCUUGAGUGAGGCAACAGACACUCUUACAGCUCGGAAUGAGGAGCUGCUCGGGAUUAUCGAACGUGCAAACGUCAAGUUCCUCGAAGGCCGACCAGAAAAUGACAAGGAGUUCACCGAUUGCCUGGUCAAGCGCAUUGUUCAGCUGAACGACGAGAACAGAAGUCUGAAGAACGGCCAGGAGAUCAACAAAUUGCUGAAGAUGCAGAACAAGAUGCUGCAAGAUGAGCGAGAGUACCAAGCCAAUGCCGUGUUGAGCCAGGCGGAGAACAUCGACAAGGAGUACACUCGGCUGAGCAGAGUCUUGUAUGAAUAUGGUGUCAAUGCCGCUAGGCUACGUAACGAACGCGAUAUUCUUCGCCAUAAUCUCGAGGUCACAAGGAAAGCUGGGGACAUCGAGAAGACCAUUAUGAGAACUGAGUUCAAUGAUAAAAUAGUGGAACUCAAUAGGGCAUACGACACGCUCCGGUUGGAAAUAAGAAGAGAGAUCGCACAGCUCCAACAGGGGGAUGUUGCUAAGAGCCGCAUCGUCAAGCUCAUUGACACGUCAGAGGGGAGUGACUCAGACGAUAAUUAUGUGGAACAUCAUUCGCAGCCGUGUGAUUCUGAUAAAGCUCAAGAUUCCUUUGAUGAUUUUCUCGACGAGCGUUUGUGGCAACAAAAUAUUAACAUUACCAUCCUGCAAGACGAGAACAAACGGCUGCAAAACGAGCUGAACGCCACACAUCAUGUCUUCGCAGAUCUAGAACGCUCAGAGGCAGUGAACCGGUACCUUCGAUCAGAAGUCUCUGCUUUAGCAGUCAAGUUCAGCCAAGUAUCUGAUGAUGCUUUGAACACAUUCAACACCCACUUUGAGAAGGCGAUGAGCACAGCAUGGAGCAACUUUGGGAAAUUGCAAUUGGCUAUGGAUGAUCAACUCCACUCCAACGUUGAUCUCGAAACUUCAGCUCGAAUCACUGCCUUCUCAGAGAGGGUUUGCGAGUUCGGACAGAUGCCUUUAUCAAAGAUGGAACAGGACAUCCAAGUCCUCGUGGAAAGCACCUGUGAGCACUUCAGUGAUAUUCAAGAGGGGUUUGACACUCUUGGAAGAACGGAGCUUGACUAUAGGGACCACAUAUUGUGGCAGAAAUACUGUGAUGAAAAGCUGGAGAAGGAUGGCAAGGAAGGCAACAAUUCCAUCGAUUUGAAGUGUCUAACUACUACAGAUCAAGAGACUCUCGUCGAUGACAGUACUGACACUGACUCAUCAUUGACCGGUCCUCUUCUUGCAUCCCAGAGGGAUAUAGCAUCCGAAUGCUACAGAUCGGAGUCCAUCACCACAAACGAACUCGAACAAACAGCCAGGGUGAGCCCUAGUCCGGAAUAUCUCCACAAUGGAGUUGCUCACGCCGGAUUGGUCUGGCGAGCAGAAGCCUCUACGGAACCCCGGUCUUCUUUACCACAGGUUGGACACGACACUAUCGAAGCGUUGCCACCGCAGCCAGCAUCAGUAGAUUGUCAUGAUUUAAGAGCAAUGAGACGAAUUCCUGAGGUAGACGGGCCGAAACAGAGGACAAGAGGCUGGGCAGUGCCUUACCAACAAUGAGACUGUCAAUGAGCGGCGACGGUUACUGAUGCUGAGUCACAUAGCUGGUGGUAUUCUAUCGAGGAGGACCGCUCUGUGAGAGAACAUUAAUAGAAGGUUUAAUUCCACUCCUGUUGUCCGACAUUCUUUUGUGACGCGGGCCGCAACUGUCCGACAGGAAGCCCAAACCUUUGCACUUCAGGCUUAACUAUUGACCGUAGAUUCUAUCCUCAAUCAAGAUUCCUAAAGGAGAAGAAAAAAAUUCGAGCAAGAAAUAAAGUAAAAACCUGCUCAGUCCUAAAAACCUGCUCAGUCCGUGCCUCCGUGUAUUUCAAAGACUGGCCUACACUGCUCGCCCAUCAACUAUCUCUAUCAUCGGCAGCCCAUCUAUAACAUGUACAUAAUGAGAUAGAACUCGCUGACAAUACACCACCACAUCAUGAACAAUUAACAGGCCUCGAUGAUUGCGGCUGGAGAAAUGUUGUUGGUUUUCGCCAAAUUUAGCAGAGCCGCAUCCCCAGAUCGUAGUGUCAUGCUUAGUCAUCAAAUCUUGGAACAUUCCGAGUCUCUGGAGCUUUGAUUUCGAGGUCCUCAUUGUCCCGACGAACUCAGUCUCCAG